UGACGGAGCUCAAACGGUAUGCAAACAGCCGAGAGACAGAGAGACGGGCAGAAAGAGGGAGAGAGUCAUCGAGAGAGAGAGAGGGGAGGAUGAUGUCAUAGUUUUUAGUCUGUGCCAUAGAAGAAGCAGAUGGAUGCAAGCUUCCUCCUUUUCUUGAGUUCCUGUCUCCAUCUCCAUCUCCAUCCCCAACAUCGGCCUCAGCAUCAGGACUCAUCGAGGACAAAGAGUGACAAACCACACAAGCAGAGUCUGUUCGGGUAAACUGUCUGCAGGUGGAGGAAACAAAGCGGAAAGCCUUCCUGUUGAUGGAUGUGAGCGGAUCAUCAGCCGAAGGAGAAGUCCGAUAAAGACGUGAUAUGGACCAAAAUAUCGGAGCAAGCACUGGGUCAGUCCUCUUUUCUGUCUUUAUUCUGUAUUAUGAGCAGGCAGCAGUCUAGAGGAGCUAGUCCUGCCCAGAAAGGAGGAGGAGGAGGAGAGACACACAGAAGGGUGUCGACGGAGAGAGGCAGGGGUAGAGGAGAAGAGGAGGGGAGGAACGGAAGAAAAAUAAUAGAGUAAUAUUACAAGCUUCCAAUAAUGGCGGCUAAAUCGGACGGGGUCCUGAAGAUGAAGAAGAGCGACGUGGCCUUCACCCCCCUGCAGAACUCCGAGCACUCUGGCUCGGUGCAGGGGCUCCACCCGGGCGCCCAGCCCGACUCUGCGGGCACCGGGGACGGAGACUUCGUCAACGGGGAGUCGCGGUGUUGCGGCGGCGGAGGCUCCAACUCGACGUGCCUUCGCCUUGGCAGAGAGCAGCAGAAAUACACAGUGUGGGACUGCUUGUGGAUCGUAGCCGCAGUGGCCGUGUAUCUGGCCGAUGUGGGCACCGACGUGUGGCUGUCGGUCGACUACUACCUCCGCCGCGACUACUGGUGGUUCGGCCUGACGCUCUUCUUCGUGGUGCUGGGCUCCUUCUCGGUCCAGCUUUUUAGCUUCAGAUGGUUCGUCCAUGACUUCAGCACCGAGGACGGAGCCGAAUCCGCCGCCGAUUGCUCUCACAUGGAUGGGAAUAAGCUGCUGAGCGGCUCGGCCUCGCACGGCGACGUUACCGCUCAACACCACCCGGCUACGCCGCAGAGACAGGCGUCGACCGCCAGCAAGAACACCACGACCAACAGCACCGCGAGCACUGCGGUGGGCAGCAGGAGUAGGAAGCGAUCGGCCUACUACUCCUUCUGCGUCUGGUUCGGCCAGUCCGUCAUCCACAUCCUCCAGCUGGGCCAGAUAUGGAGGUAUUUUCAUACCAUCUACCUGGGCGUUAGAAGUCGUCAGAGUGCUGAGACGGAGCGCUGGCGUUACUACUGGAGGAUGGUCUAUGAGUUUGCAGAUGUAAGCAUGCUGCAUCUACUGGCCACCUUUCUGGAGAGUGCUCCACAACUGGUGUUGCAGCUGUGUAUCAUUAUACAGACACACAAGCUCCAGGCUGUCCAAGGUAUGACAGCAGCAGCCUCCCUUGUCUCUCUAGCCUGGGCCCUGGCCUCCUACCAGAAGGCCCUGCGAGAGUCUCGCGAUGACAAGAAGCCCAUUAGCUACCUGGCUGUCAUCAUCCAGUUCUGCUGGCACUUCUUCACGAUCGCUGCAAGGGUCAUCACCUUUGCCCUGUUUGCAUCUGUGUUUCAACUCUACUUUGGUAUCUUCAUCGUCCUGCACUGGUGCAUCAUGACCUUCUGGAUUGUCCACUGUGAGACAGACUUCUGCAUCAGCAAGUGGGAGGAGAUUGUCUUUGACAUGGUGGUGGGCAUAAUCUACAUAUUUUCCUGGUUCAACGUCAAGGAGGGACGAACAAGGUGUCGACUUUUCAUCUAUUACCUGGUGAUUUUGGUGGAGAAUGCUGCUCUCAGUGCAUUGUGGUAUCUCUACCGAUCGCCUCACACCACUGACGCCUUUGCAGUGCCAGCACUCUGUGUCAUCUUCAGCAGUUUCCUCACUGGCGUGGUUUUCAUGCUCAUGUACUAUGCCUUUUUCCAUCCCAAUGGGCCACGCUUUGGGCGUUCGCCAAGUGGCCAGGGUCUCGACCUGGACCCCACCUCUCAAUUCUCUACAUUACCAUCUGAAGGUGCCACCAACUCACUACGUUCCAACCGAGGUGCCACCACAACCCUGGAGCGUGACAUGGGGAAGUAUUCUGAGCGGGAUGGCUGCAUGCCAGUUUUUCAGGUCCGACCCACAGUGCCAUCCACGCCAUCGUCUCGUGCUCCACGCCUUGAAGAGACCGUCAUCAAGAUCGACCUUUGUAGGAACCGCUACCCAGCCUGGGAGCGUCAUGUACUCGACCGCAGUAUACGCAAGGCAAUCCUGGCCAUAGACUGCUCGCUGACUCCUCCCCGGCUGCAGUACAAAGAUGAUGCACUGGUGCAGGAGAGGUUGGAAUACGAGACCACGUUAUAGUUCCACCCUUCCCUCAGAACCCACAGAGGAGUGCAACCGUUUAUUCUGCUAUCACAUGAACACUAACAGGGACUGUGGCAAUAAGAAUUUGUUACUACCAACAAUCUCACUUGUCAUCUGUCGUUACCAUUUUUCUUUUUCUAUUCUUUAGCAUUAGCGCCCACCCAGGAGCAUACAGCCCUGUUGGUAGUGAUCUAAGGAGCAAUUUGGCGCAAGUGCAGUUGAUGUCACCGGAUGUGUUUGUGUUCUUUUUGGGGUGGUUGCUAUUAUUUUUUACUUCCACUCAUCAGGGAAAUCCCAUCUGGUAUGAACUAAAUGCAAAUCAGCAGAGUGCCUCAACACUCUACUCAGACAGUACAAGGUGCUGAUGCAUUAUUUGCUUAAGUCUGAAGAAGUUAGGGAUAAAUUAAGCAUAGGUCCAUGUCCAUUCAGAUGAGUUUUAAGUCAUCAGAUAUUCCACUUUAACCUAAAUGACACCUGAAUUAUACAGGAAUUCCUCUAAUGUGAAGAGGAAAGGAAACAAUCCCUCAUUCAGCGUCAGCAAAGACUUUGAACUGUCAUAUCUGUCUUAAUGUGUUGGUGACCUACUGUUUGAAAGUUCUAAUGAUGUGAUCCCAUAGCAGCCACAACGACUACUUCCAUCAACAUCCACAUGAUAACUCAUCGCUCCUGUUCUCUUAGUGCCAAAAAGCUUCCUUGGACAUGUCCUCUAGAUUCUGAGGAGUAGGACCACUUUUGAGAUGGCUGGGAAGUCCAAAAAGUUCUCCUCUGGCCUAGACAUUUGAUUCCUCUUGGAUAACUAUGGUCUAUCGUGGAUGAAGGUCGGACAGAAAGUCAACUACAUGAAGACAGUGGUUAAAGUAGCAUCUAUACUCAGUCAUUGUGUUUUGUUUGGAUAAAGUCAACCAAACCUGGCAGGAAGGAAGAACAGGGAGAGAGAAAGAAGCGGUGAAGGUUGAACAGUCACAAGCUCACUGCCCUUCUCCCAUGAGGAAAUAUAAGUCAAACUCCCACAAUGCCAAGAAAAAAAAAUCUUCCUGGCAGCUCAACUCAACUAUUUUCAGUCCAGCCACAUCAACCUGGCUGUGCUGCGAUACUGAUCUUUGCUUAUCUGUGGAAGCAAAUGUGGAGGGGAGAGCAGAAGAAAUGAGCAAAGUGCCAGAUAGCAAUGAAAAGGAGAUGACAAGAGAGGAUGAUGCAGGAAAUGGAAAUGAGUCGAUGAUGGAAAGAAGAGAAAAAGCAGGCAAGCAGCCGUCUCAGCCAAACUAAACCAACCACCAGGAUGUACAGUACUCUGAUACAACAUGCAGCAUUUUUUACUUUAGAGAUGAUGUAGAGGGUACUGAAGUCAUUGUGAGUCUGUGUUUUUAGUGCUGUGAGUGUGUAUGUGUUGGCAAUAGGCGAUGAAGGCGUGUGUGUGUGUGUGUGUGUGUGUGUGUGUGUGUGUGUGUGAUGUUCAAACAAGAGAAGCAGCUCAGGAGGACAUGUGCUUGAUGUGUGUAUCGCUAUCAUCCAUCUUUGAUAAACACACGUCACCUUCUGGGAAAAAUGUUUCCCAGCAGCUUUUAACUUUGUUACACCAAGCCACACAACAUAUGUUAGCAUGGUGUUGGUUGUGUCCACUGGCUUUAAUGAGAAAUGCUAACCAAGUGAUUUUUGGUUAACUGAAGUGCCACUGUCAAAGCUUAAUUUAAGACCACCACUAUAACACAUAUCAUGGUUCUGGGAAGGGUAAAUGAUGAAAUCCUGAAAUUUUCAUUUAAUGAAUUUUAAUGCAGGAAAACACAGCACAUUCUUAUCCCAAGUCGUCACAUAUCGCCGCUUUGUCAGUGGACAUUUAUGCCUACAUAUUACGUGCUAGGUAUCCUCCUGAGUCUGCUGUUGAUGUUCUGGGAUGCUGCAACCAAUGCCGGGAGUUCAACAAAAGCAUGUGGUUAGGUUUGGGAAAAAAAAAAAAAAAAAAACAUCAUGAUUUGGCUCUACAUUCAUACAGGAAGCUAACACCAGGGUUCUGGACCCAUCCACCACAACUCCCGCAUGCCCUAUAGGGACUUUCCAAGUCCUCAUAUCACAUUGUUACCUGCAGUGUUUCAAUCUGAUGCUGUCCUGUGGUGUAUCAUACUAGUGCCCUCCAGCCACGUUAUGAAAUGACAACGCCUGGUGGUGUAUCAUACUGCUGCAACAGGUGCUGUCCAGCCCGGUUGCAAACUGAUGAUGCCCGGCGGCAUAUCAUACUAUGGGGAAAGGUGGCUUGUGGCAUCAGUUUGUGAUGCUGAAAUCAACAACAAAGCAGUGGUAUUUGGCGACUUCAGCAUGAAAACAGGCUGGAGAAAGACAAAACAAAAAGCAACUGCAGGCUAGUGCAAGUAACAAAACAUAAUUUAAUCCAACAGGAAUUAAUAGGUCCUUUUCACUUAAGUCAACACAAGUUGUGUAAAAGAAAGACGGCACAAUGUUUCUCCCUCGCUCAUACAAUGGGGGCUGCUCAGCUGCAGCCUAGUCAGUGCUGUAACUGGUGGCCAGAUGAUAUAUAAAUGACACAGCACACCUCUCUAUCUGCCAUGGUGAUAAUGUUUAAAUAACACAAAGACAUUCAUCAAAAAGAGUUUGCCUUUCAAAUUAAUGCAACAAAUAAAAAAAGAAACAAGGGGAGAUGGUAAAUUUGGAUUGAAUGGUGGAUGGUGAAGUUAGGACAGCACAGAUGGUGAACUAUACAGGGAGAAAUGGGUAGAGGGUAGUCAGAGAAUCAAAGUGAGGUGGAUUUCAGCUAAGCUGUGGCUCUGACUGAAAAGCUUUUGAAGGUGAUCAUAAAAUUAUAGCCAUCCUGUCAUCCAGUGAGUUCAGACUUUUAGCAUUUUUCCCCAUAAUGUUCAUAAAAUACACCUGUAUUACUGAAAUGGCUAGGUUUCAUCAGAUCCGAUCAAGAUCAGCAGUGUGGUGUGUCUUAUAUCAGGGCCUCACCAUUAAGAUUUCUGGUGGAGACAUUAAAAUCAAGAGAAAACUUAAUUCAAUUCUGAAAAUUUGUUUUCAAGAUACCUUGUGAUGUCCAAAUGUUAGUCAAAUUACAUUUUUGAUUGACUGGUGGCAGGGGUCAGGGGGUCACCAAAGUCAUCUUCUAGGGUUUAUGACCAUACAUACUAGGAGUUCUAAUUUAAGUGUUGAACUAUGGACUGUAUAUAAAGAUGGACAAUGCGUUUCCACUUACCUCCAGUGUACAAAAACGAAGCCAACAUAUCCCAGAUAAUGUCGCUGCCAUCUUGGGAUGGUGAUGUCAUUUGGAGCCAGAGUCUAUGCAGUAGCCAUCUUUGCUGGUAUCGAGUUCCUGCCCAAUCUCAAGCAGCACCACUGAUUGCGAGCACACUGAUUGGCACAAGCAGAUGUCAGUCAUGACAUCAAUCCCCCCCUUUUUUAACAUCAAAUUACUAGUUACACCAAACUUAUCAGAGAAACUGAAUACUUGGGUAUGAUGGAGUAGACACGCAGUGAGACUAGCUCCUGAAACUUUUGUGUACUUAACUUUAUAGAACCCUAUAAUUCAAUUUUUACUUGUAACCAAAUGGUGGAUGUUAUCACUUUUGGCAAAAGAUCACCGUAAUAUGAUACCAAAGUCAGCCAAGCACAGCAAAAAAGAGACUCUUAAAGCUGACCCCCUGGUAAAGCUAACUAUAGCAACAAGCUCAGCAUGGCAACAAUAGCUAACCUUCUAGAAGACCAUCGAAAAGCCCUCUCUGCUGACUUUAUAACAAACAUCAGCAUGAUAAAGACUACCUAAAAUGACAGAAAGUAUCUUUGGGAAAAAUGUAUGUGAUGUGUACUUUGAGUUUUUUAGUUUGGCCCAUGAUCCAUCCACUAACAUAGAGGGGGUGGGGUUUAUGACCCACAUUGCAGCAAGCCACCAGGGGGCGAUCCAGAUGUUUUGGCUUCACUUUUGGGGAGCUGUCAAGUUGUCCAUCUUUAUAUACAGUCUCUACCAGUCAAACUGUUACUUCAACAUACCGUGUAUUAAUGACAAUACGUCCCCAGUGAUCUGAAUCAGAGUGCAAAAAGACAGCUUGAGACUGCAGACAAAAAGGAGAGCUAUACCAUUUACACCACACUCCCAACCCAAACAGCUUGACUUCAGGGAAGCGAGAGGCAAUGACAUCACUACAUUCUGUAGAUAAGCUGUCAGUCAAAUCCACCGUGUUCAGGAAUUUUAGCUGAUUAGUGACACAUUGAUAAUCAUGUGUCUUUUAAAACAUUAAAUGUCUGCACAAAAGAAAGUUUCAGGUUGUCUUUCUUGAUUUACGUCACAAGUGCAAUGUCUUUUUUAUUUCCUGAGGAUGGCAAGAAGAGAGAAAAGCACAAAACAAGUUAAUGGGAUAAUCAUGGCAUGAGACUGUACAUAUUUUCAUCCUGCUUAACCAAACCAGGCCCCAGGUAUACAGAGCUGUUAUAACCUCUUAUCAAUCCGUGUAUGAAGUCUGACAUCCAUUCCAGGUCAAUGCAGUCAAUGUCCAAAACCUAAAUACACUGAUCAUCUUUUUUUUUUUUUUUUUUUUUUUUUUACAUAUACAGCACUAAACAGUGUGUAGCCCAGUAUGUGCAGACCACAAAAAGAACCAGAGGGAUGUUUUCAUGAUCCACUUUCCUGGCAAAUGUUGGUAUAAUACAGCUGUUAUUUGUGGUUUUCUCAUUAGAUGUAAGUUUAAGAGCUUAUGAGCUUAGUUUUUAUCAUAGUUGUAUUUUGUUGGCGAAGGCAAGUCCAAAAGUGGUUAGUAUAGUUGUAGUAUCUUGAAUCAUUUGAACAGAUUUCUGUGAACAGACCCAUUGUGUGCUGUCAGAGACACACUUUAAAGGACCAUACAAGCAAGUUUGCAUUUUUUAGAUAUGUCACCGUUACUUAAUGUCACAGUCAAGCUGUGCAGCAAACCAUGCUGCUGUGUUUUAGAAAUUUGAAUGUACUUUGUGUUCAAAGGGGCCACUCUUUUCCUGCAAUUGCAGCAUGGUCUAAAACUCUUUGGGGUUAGGGGUUAGAGGUGAUGCACCCCCUAAUCAAGUGAAUAUCAUCUAUAUAAAUUAUUGUCAAAAUUAUUGUUAUAAGGUAAUGCAGUGCCAACUUUCCAAAUCUAUCUGCAUGUAAACUGCAUUUCUUGCUGUUUCAUACUGUGCAGAAAUGACUGGAAAUCAGUGGAGGCCUGGAACUGUAGGCAAAAUACAUAAAAAAAAUCUAACAAUGUCUGGAUCUGAAAAUGGUAGUAAAAAUAUAAAGUAUAAAUAAUAAUGUGGAGUUAGAGCCCAAAUGUGAAAACAGGGUGGUAUGGUUCUUUAAGUUUGUUAAAGUUUCUAUUUGUCUAAAGUCACCUGUUUCUGUCAUGUCUUCAAGUGUCUCAUUCUUUCAGUUUAGAAUGUGGCGCAUGAAUCACUUUGUAUAUUGAAGCAUAAGUCACAUAACUUACCCGUAAAACUUCAAUGAAUAGCCCAGGCUAUUAUUUGCUUAAAUCACUGAAAUCAACAGCUGUCUAUAUGGGACAGGCCUUUAAUUCUUUUCACACAAAACUGUUGCUCAGCAAAGAUGGGGAAUACAAUCAAAUUGUUUAUUUGAACCAGUAUGAAUAUUACUUACAUAAAAUUUAGGCUUCAGAUAAUAUAUCUAGUAUUAAUCAUUGACUUGAUCUAACUCCGAAAGGCAGCGCAUCAAAGAGAGAGUGAAUUACGGCACACGAGGAUUACAGCACCCAGCAUACUGACAGAACACCAUUUUAUCGUGUUAAAACAAUAUUCACAACCUGGAUUAAUUUUUAUGAAAAACUUGAUUCUUUUGAUCUGAGGACCUUAUGGACUAAAGGAAUAUGAAUAACUUACAGGGUAAUCAAGGAAUGGACACAUAAUUUGAGGCAUCCAACAACCCGCUUUUAUAUGUCCAAAAAACUUCUAUAAAAAAAAUUAACUGCUUGGCAACCAGACCAGGCAUCAAAUUGACACAGCUCUUUAUUUGUGAAAAUGUGUAGCCAGGUAGGCUCUUAAUUGAAGUUUUACCAUAAAUACAUACAGUUUAGGCUUAUUCUUUUGCUUAUAUAUAUAUAUAUAUAUAUAUAUAUAUAUAUAUAUAUAU